AUGUCAUCCGCGGGUCAGGCUGUCCUCCCAACCGUAAAUCCCAAAUCUGCAGAUGUCGCGACGUCAACAUCAACAACGGCUCGUGCAGCAAAGAGGACAACCAAAGCAGCACAAAAGCUCCAAGUGCUCCCGGAUACGCCAGAGCCCCUUACACAAUCACAACUCCUAGAUGAAACCCGUCGUCAGCUUGUAGACGAAGGCCUGGAUGUCGAACAGCCGCAAACGUCGGAGACGUCGCCCGCGGAAGACGAGCUCGAGGUCUACCAACAAAUUGCGCAAAUUCCAGAAGGCACGGCACGCGCCGAUGCGCUCAGGCUCACAAAGAAUGCAAUAAAGAAGCUCCCGCGAGUUACAGCUUAUUGUACCGCGAGCUCCUACAACUUUGACGAAAUCGUCAAAUUUCUCAAGGCGCGAAAAUCCACCUACGAAACCGAUCCACGAAUUCUUGACGAUGCCAUUUACACUCCUUAUACAUACCGUAAUGCGCCUCAGCGACCGAAAAGGCCGGGCUCCAUUUCCAGGGGCUCGCGUUCUCGCCCAUCUUCUCCAGCGAUGGGAGACCUUCUAAGGCUCGACGAAGACCCUCGUUCAGACGAAGCGGAAUGGAAUAGGUCCAACUCUUAUGGCAAAGGUCGAAUCCGCGAACUACUGACAGACAUUGACGAUAUGAGCGAUGUUUUCAUCUUCAAGUAUGGGACUGUUGUGAUUUGGGGUAUGACAGAAGAUGAUGAACAACGCUUCAUCUCCUCGAUAAAGCGGUUCGCCGAGGAAAACCUGUCAUCGGCAGAAAUGCAAAUGGAGGACUUAAGGUGGUAUACGGCGAGUUACAGCCGAAUCUAUAACGACGUUAUUACUCUGCGUAAGGGCUCCAGUUACAUGUACGUCUCGCCCACCAUGCGCCCGCUGGCUCGCGCGACUCAUUCGGCUGCUCAGGACCAAAUUGUCGCUAUCGCACGCAUUGGCACAGUCUGCAAAGAUAUCUUUGGUAUGUGUUGCAUUGUCGGAAGCGGGAGCGCGGUUGCAACACUGCAUUUUGAGGACCGGAUUGCGGCGACCAUUGCAGAGACAAAGAACAUACCUGACAUGAUUGCUGAGACAGGUGCCAUAACGAUGCCCCACGACGACAUCAUGAAGCAAAUUGGUAAAGUGUUCCUGCUCCGCAUGAAUGUGAAUCACGUUGGUUCCAUUCUGGACGCUCCCGAGAUCUUUUGGAAAUUCCCGGACCUCCAGCCCUUGUAUGAAGCCGCCAGGGAGUACCUCGAGCUUCCUCAGCGACUCGAGGUCCUCAACAGCCGCGUCGAUGUCCUACAAGACAUGCUCAAACUGCUCAAGGAAUCAGUGACCUCGCGCCAUUCGGAGAGGCUGGAACAGAUAGUGAUUGCCCUCAUUGCAGUCGAGAUCAUACUAGGCCUCAUGACCAUUGCCGUCGACCUCUUCUCGCCCGCAUACGAGCUUCCAUCAUGA